GGUAUUCCCACUGAACAACUCUUGAGACCUUUUCUUGUUCUUCGUCUUAGUAGCUUGAAUCCUCAAACAUGCAUUUACGGACUUUCAGGUCAACCCAUGUCCUCUGACCCGAUGGAUUGAGUUCUCCGCGGAUGUCGCAGGAUUGGGUCUUAUGCCACCUGCAUUACGCAGCUUCAUUACUAUCUCGGACAGAAGCUUGAUCUUCGCACUGAUAUCACACAGAACCACCUGUUGAACGCUUUGACCCCCGACGGCAUGACUGCAAGACCCGGCGACGAGUCUUACACAUAGCCGGAGCACUACCUUCACUCGUAGAAGCGAGGUAGUUAAAUACUCACUAGACAUCCGUGCAUUCUAACGAUCUUCAAAACGUAGAUCAUUAUGUCUAACGAUCAUCAACUUCCACCUUUGGAUGGCUCUAUUACCGUCCUGCCGGGAUUCGUUGAUUUUCAUGCAGAACAUAACCCUUCUCGCCCUUGGGUCAAGUUUCCGUCUGCUGAGCACCCCGGAGAGUCAACCUCUGUGUCUUUCUUGGAGUUCGCCAAGGCGACUCAUAGCAUUGCCCAUACAUUGAGACCAGGCAGAACUGGAGAUGAUGGCGAGAUCGUCGCUGUUCUCAUUCACUGUGACAACAUUCUCUAUCUUGCACUCUUGGCGGGCAUGGUUCGAGCUGGUCUGAUUCCAUUCCCUAUGUCACCCAGAAACUCUCCAGAGGCAGUGGUCAAUAUGCUAGAGAAGACCAACUGUCACCGUAUCAUUACUUCUCCACUUGUUGCGCCAGUAACUUCUGCCGUUCAAACGCUACUCGCUGCGAAGAAUUACGAUCUCAAAGUCAUCGAACUCCCGUCCCUUCGAUCCACAUUCCCUUCCCUUUUCUCUAAGGAUGGUGAAGUGUUGCUUGAAGUUGCUCUCUAUCCGCCCACAAAGAAGACGCCGAACCCAGAUGACGUCGUGCUCAUCCUACAUUCUUCUGGUUCUACCGGUUUUCCAAAGCCUAUUCCACAAACCCAGAAGACCGUCUUGCAGUGGUGUGCUACUCCCGUCAUCUCUGAUCUUCGUGGCAUGGGCGUUGGCACCGGCGGAGCCAUGUUGCCGACAUUCCAUACGAUGGGUAUCUAUGUACAAUUCUACCAACCGUUGACUACGGGCGGCUUCGUUGGAUUGUACACGCCCCAAGAGCCGGCGCCACCCGUUGUCCCGACUCCUCAGAACUUGUUGAACGUCAUGAAAGUUACUGGCUGUUCUGAAGCCGGCGUCGUUCCUGCGUUCAUAGAGGCUUGGGCUCAAUCUCCCGAGACGAUUGAGUACCUCGCGUCUUUGAAAGUUUUGACGUAUGCUGGCGGGCCACUCUCCGAAGUGAAUGGCAAGAAGCUUGCUGCUGCCGGCGUUCGCUUGGUUUCCAUCUAUGGUGGGACCGAAUUUGGCGCUCCGACCGGUCUGUUCGAUAUGGAUGACUCGCAAGGACUUGAUGCCGACGUAAAAACAACUGCGGAUUGGGCAUGGUUUUCUUUCGGUGAUAUAGUCAAUUGUCGUUGGAUAGAUCAGGGUGACGGGACAUAUGAACUCCAUUUUCUGACUUGUGAAACUCAUCAACCGGCCAUUGAGAACCUGCCUGAUGUCAAAGGGUACGCUACUUCCGACCUCUUUGAACCACACCCGAAGAAGAAGGGACUCUGGAGAAUUGUAGGCCGUAAGGACGAUGUUAUAGUCCUUGGAACAGGCGAGAAAGUCGUUCCUAUACCACAAGAAGGACAUAUCGGUUCUGUGCCUUUCGUUGCUGGCGCCGUCAUGUUCGGACGAGGAAAGAAUGAAGUCGGCAUUCUCAUCGAAACGAAACCUGAACAUGCUAUCGAUCCUAAUGAUGAGAGUGCCCUUGUAGAAUUUCGCAAUAAGAUCUGGCCUUAUGUUGCAGAAGCGAACAAGAUUGGACCGACGUUCGCGAGGAUUUUCAAGGAAAUGGUCAUCGUGACCGAUCCUGCGAAACCUAUGGCUCGUGCUUCGAAGGGUACCGUGCAACGCAAGGCAGUUCUUGCGGCCUAUUCAGACGAGAUUGAUAAACUGUAUGAAACAAUAGAGAAGAGCCGAGAUGCCCAAGGUAUCUCCCCUCCCGACGCUUGGACUGUAUCUAGUGUCGAAGAGUGGUUGACUCAGCACGCCGCCUCUAUCAACGAUCAAUCGUCGCCUAAACUCGACGGCGACCUCUUUGAGCAAGGAUUCGACAGUCUAAGCGCUACUUUCUUGCGGAACCGCAUCAUCGGGGCCCUUAAUUCUUCGUCGGAGCCGUCUGCCCAGAAGGCAGCUGCUAGUAUUCCACAAGAAUUCAUCUUCACCCAUCCAACUAUCCAACGUCUUGCUGCUGCAAUCGUUUCCCUCGUUGACCCCUCUUUCGGGACCACCGCCCAUGGAAGGGCUAGUAUCGAGGACCUGAUAGCCAAGUACUCAGCAAACCUACCUGCUGCGAGGUCCGUACCUCACGGGACGCCGCCGUCUGAGAUUGUCGUCGUACUCACGGGGUCAACUGGUGGUCUCGGGGCUCAUCUUCUGGCAUCCCUGCUGGAGGAACCCAAUGUCGCGAAAGUAUACACUUUGAAUCGUGGAAAUGAUCUUGUGGAGCGACAGAAAGCUUCGUUCGUGGAUAGAGGGUUACCAGUAGAGCUCUUAAGCAGCGGCAAGUUAGUCCAGUUAACGGCUGAUCUGAGUCUGGAUGAUAUUGGGUUGGAUUCGGACGUCCUCAAGGAGAUCAAAUGCUCUGCCACUCACAUCAUACACAACGCCUGGAAGGUGGACUUCAAUCUUUCGCUCUCUUCGUUCGAGAGUUACAUUGCAAACACUCGCAAGUUCGUCGACUUGUCAACUCAGUUCACCAAGAAUGUUCGAUUCUUGUUUACUUCGUCCAUCGCUGUCGCGACUGGUUGGGAUGUAUCGAAAGGUGCAGUUCCGGAAGACGUCCUCGACCACCAGGAAGUUCUGUCGAAGAUCGGUAGAGGAUAUGAAUCCAGCAAAUAUGUCGUGGAACACAUCCUGGCGAAAGUAAAACGCAGUGGCGUACUCGACGCAACUACUCUCCGUGUAGGUCAAAUAUCCGGUUCUACGAAGACAGGUGCUUGGAACACUACGGAAUGGGUCCCCAGCAUUAUCAAAUCAAGUGUCACUCUAGGCUGUUUGCCUGCACUCGAAGGCGUGGUGUCCUGGGUCCCCAUGGACGUCACAGCUCGCACUAUUGUGGAUUUCGUCCUUGAUUCUUCCUCCCUUCCGGGGGUAUUGAAUAUUGUCCAUCCUCACCCCGUCACUUGGAACAGCGUGUUCAGCACUGUGGGAAGUGUGGUAUCUCGCGAUGGCGAGGCUUUACCGGUGGUGCCUUUCGACAUUUGGUUGGCGAAGGUCGAGGCGUCAAGCGUAAAUGCAACUUCUAAGGACCUUGAACAAAUUCCCGCCAUUAAACUUCUCUUCUUCCUUCGCAACUUCUCCACCGGGCGCUCGAGUGCUUCUGCAGAGGCAGGGCGCGCGCCAACUUACUCAACGUCUCGCAGUCAAGCAUUCAGUGCAGCGCUGAGAGAUGCAGGUCCCAUUGACCAUGAGCAAGUGGGACUCUGGCUGUCUUUCUGGCGAAGCCAGGGGUUCAUACCAUAAGAGAUGUUCAUUCUAUACCCAUGUACAACUUUAGUUAACUUCUUCUGGGUCUCUGAUAACUGUAAUCAUUUCUGGCAACUAUAAACUUAGCUGAAUAUAAGAGUGUGGUGUGGUGUUGAGCAAUAUGAUAAAUAGCAGAUACAGUAGGAGUGCAUGACCUAUGAAUAUAUGCAUGGCAACAAAGUGAACUGCACUAAGGUAUGUUUUGAAGUUCCAUGUUAUCUACACCUUGAUUCAAGGCAUAUGAACUCUUCUUGUU